AAUUUCUUCUUGAAUGUCAGUGAUUGUACUAUUCUGAUGUAUUUUAUGUUUGCUGGUCUGUUAGGAACUAGGUAAGGGAAAACAACUGAAUUUGUCGUGAGGGUUCAGAGAAGUGCCACAACAAAAUUAUAAGUUGCACAAAACGGGGAGUAUUGGACAAUAGCAGAUGGGCAAAUUACAUAUUAAAAGUAGGCAGGGGCUAUAAGAUGGAAAACGCAUCUUAGACCAGAGGAAAAGGUGGUGUGUAAUAGUAGUAUCAGUACUACUGGUAGUAAAGUGUCCUACAUUUGUGAAAGCAAACAGGUUGAGGAGAUCAUUGGUAUUAAGGUAAAAAGACAAUUGGUUGCAUAUCUGAUCCCUGGGGAACAUCUUUCAAGAAAGGAGUAAGGUCAAAAUGGAUUCAGAGGACAAUGAGGUGGAAAGCAGCAGUGAUGCAGGCCCGUCUGGUCUGGAGGAGCCCUCAGAAAGUGGUAUGGGCAUGGAGUCAUCGGAAGCCAUGUCUGCCGACAGCAGCGACACUGCUACUGUGCCCACCUUGGCACCCGAGUCAGACUCCCAUGUAGGACAGAGCUCAGAAGGGCUUGUGGAGCUGAUACCUGAGACCAGCUCUAGCACCGAUGUACGGGGCGUGAUUCAUCUUCCAGACUCCUCCUCUGUGGCCCAGUCAACAAGUGUCUCCAGUGUCUCCACGGUGACACAGUCUAUCCUGGUCUCCGAGUCGGCCCAAGUGCUGGUUCACUCCAGCGUGGUGUCAGAUGGGGGGAUGAUCGUGUCAGACUCCACUGCCUCCACUUCUUCAGACCUUGGAUCAGCUAUUGACAAGAUAAUUGAGUCUACCAUAGGACCUGACAUAAUAAACGGUUGUAUUGCAGUGACGAGUGCAGAGGAUGGAGACGCUGAGACUACUCAGUAUCUUAUUCUGCAAGGUCCCGAUGAUGGUGCCCCCAUGGUGUCUGAAAUGUCUUCUACUGCUCUGUCUAAUCGCAUUACCAUUGAUGCCCUUGCGGAAGGACCGACAUCCACUUGCCUGGAGCAGUCCGACAUUGUGGAAGACAGGAGGAGCAUGCUGCCUGACCACGAAGCCAUGGACCCAGAUCAGCCUGAGCAGCCGGGCCACUCUGGCUACACCGAGCAGGAAGACAGCAUGGGUGUGUGCCACUUGCGCCGGCCCCAGCGUUCUCGAGGCUUGGACUGCACUGAGGGGGGGCCUGAUCAGACGCGCCAUUCCCACUACGUUGACUGUGGUGUGGAUGGGCCGGACAAUUCAGAGCUUCACUCGAGGGGCCCUAGGCCCUCACCUCAUUCCAGACUGCACCAAUCCCGCUAUCUAGAGAGUGAGCCUGAUGGAGCUGGUCACCCACAGCACUCGCAAUACAUCGACUGCAGCUCAGAUAGCUCGAGCCGGCCACAGGAGUACCUGGAGUGCGUGACUGGUGGACCCGACCAGACCCAGCACUCGCAGUAUAUGGAGUGCUGCAUGGAUGACCCAGACCAGACGCAGAACUCUCAGGACCAGCCACAACAUUCCUGCUACAUUGAGUGCAGCAUGUCCCAGGGCUCCAUCUAUGUGGAGGAGAGCUCGUUGGAUUGCCCUGACCAGCCCCAGCACUCCAGCUAUAUGGAGGGUAGCAGUGUCAACGUGGAUGAUAGCACACCCUCUCACAACCCAGAUCAGCCACAAGAUUACCACUGUGUGGGUAGUGGUGAGGACCAGCCCAGUCAAUUCAUUGGUAGCACGGGCCGGUACUCAUCACAUCCUAAUGAGGUCGUUUCACAGGGAGAUGGUGAGCUCCCAGAGAGACCAAGCCACUCGGCGGCCCAUGGCGCUGGGGUCGCCGGACCUGAAACGGGCACUGGGCUCAGGGAUCAGCCUCCAGACCUGGCGGAGCUGGAGGAGAUGAUGGAGGUUGUGGUUGUGCAGCAAUUCAAAUGCAAGAUGUGUCCAUACAAGAGCAUAUCCAAAGACACCCUCAUCAACCACAUGAGAGACAAGCACUUCAAGCAUGCAGGUGGCCCGCCACCCAAGAAGAGGGGUCGAGGACGGCCACGCCGCAGUGAUUCGGCCGCUGCUCAGAAAAACGAGGCGAAGACCGAGGAGCAGCCGGAGGAAGAAGACGAUGACAUCGUUGAUGCUGGCGCCAUUGACGAUGCAGCAGACGACAGCGACUAUAAUCCAGCUGAUGAGGACUGCAGGGGGCGCCAACCGGCGCUACUCCGAAGUGUUCCGUCUUCUUCUUGCCUUUCCCACGAGCGGCCACGGCGUCGGGUGGUGCGACCCAGGAAGUUUCCGUUCUACAUGAGCAAUUCCCAUAGCCAAGAAGCAGCAGCAGAUACCCCAGUAGUGCCCGAGCAAAAUAAGAAUUUAGAUCCCCAGGCCCCUGAGGAGGCCAGUUCCUCUGGGCUGGACAGUGGACCCGUCUCCUCGGCCAAUGGACACGGAGCUGAACCUGGCAUCAGCCAAUCUGAUUCCGAGAACAAAGAUCCAUCCUCAAAUACAGGACCAGAAGAGGUUGAAUAUUACCCCAGAAAGCGGGGCCGACCCUCCAAGCGAUUUCUUCGUAAGAAGUAUAAGAAGUAUCUGAACCGCAAUAGGUACUACAAAUCCCUGAAGCCCUUGCUGAGGCCCCAUAAUUGCCGGAUAUGUGGCUCUCGGUUUCUGUCUCAGGAAGACCUUCGCUUUCACAUAGACUCCCAUGACGGCAAUGACCCAGAGAGGUUCAAGUGCCUGCAAUGCAGCUACAGAUGCAAACGCUGGUCUUCGUUGAAGGAACACAUGUUCAACCAUGAGGGAACAAAGCCAUACAAGUGUGACGAGUGUGACUACACUAGCGUGUACAAGAAGGAUGUCAUUCGUCACUCUGCCGUCCACAGCAAAGACAAGAAAAAGAAAUCUGACCAAGCUUGUUUCGGUGUUCUGCAGGCCCCGAAGGUCACGCAGUACCCCUGCCCGGUGUGCAGCAGGGUGUACCCCAUGCAGAAGCGCCUCACCCAGCACAUGAAGACGCACAGCUCAGAGAAACCACACAUGUGCGACAAGUGUGGAAAGUCCUUCAAGAAACGGUACACUUUCAAAAUGCAUCUUCUCACACACAUCCAGAGCUACGGCACCAGCAGGUUCAAGUGCGAGUUCUGCGAGUACACAUGCGACAACAAGAAGCUGCUGUUGAACCAUCAGCUGUCACAUACAAGUGACAAGCCGUUUAAGUGUGACUACUGCAAGUACUCCACCACCAAGGAGGACUUCCUGGUUUCCCACAUGGCCAUCAAGCACACUGGUGAGAAGCCAUUCUCCUGCGACUUCUGCCACUUCAUGACCAAGCACAAAAAGAACCUGCGGCUGCACAUCCAGUGUCGCCACCUAGAGGCCUUCGACGACUGGUGCCUGACGCACCCUGAGGAGCCCCCCCGCCGGCGCCGGCCCUUCUUCACGCUGCAGCAGAUCGAGGAGCUCAAGCAGCAGCAUGACCACACGCAGGCUGUGCAGGACGCCAUCCGCGGGCCCAUUGUGUCCGUGGACCCCAUCGAGUUCCAAGCACUUCAGACCAUGGAGAAUGCGUCCGUCUCCCAAGAUUCCCUGGGAAAUACCACCAUAAUCUACGAACAUGGAGACUCCUCAGACCUCUCUGCGCAGAACGCGCUGGACCUGCUGCUGAACAUGAGCAACCCACGCGAUCUGGCAGGGGGUUCGCUGCAGGUGGCGGUGCUGAAGUCAGAGGUCGACGGCUCUGCGGAGGAGGAGGCUGACUCGCCGGGGCAGGCCCAGAAGGUCGUGACCUUCCACGUGGCAGAGCAUGGCGGCGCCUUGGAGGCCGCGGCCGUGGACGAGGCCGGGGAGAUCGAGCAGAUCUCCAUCAACGCCUACCAGGGUGCCGAUUUUGAGCAGGUUGGGGAGGAAAUCCAGAGCAGCGCCACCAUUUACAGCGCGGAGGGGAGCCCUGGGUCGCACCCCAUUGUCCUGAGCAGCGGCUCCCUCUCCGGCACUAUCAAAGAGCACAAGGGCAAGUACUACCUGACGACCGGGAUCGGAGGGAGCAGCGUGCAGCAGGUGGAGCUGAGCACUGAAGACCCCGGCUCCCCCUCCCCGGGCGGCUCACCUCAGCAGCAGGUCAACUCCAAGCGCUUCUCCUGCCGAAUCUGUAUGGAGUCUUUCCACGGACGCUCUGACAUGGAGAGCCACAAGAGGGCGCACGUGGACCCCAGCACUUUCAAGUGCCCCGACUGCAACUUCACGGCAUCCUCAUGGCCGGAAGUAAAAGACCCCCAGACGCACAUGGGCAUGCAUGCCUACCUGCGGCCGCACAAGUGUGAACACUGCAGUUUCGCCUCCAAGAACAAGAAGGACCUGCGGCGUCACACGAUGACUCACACCAAUGAGAAGCCCUUCGCCUGCGAGGUCUGCGGGCAGAGGUUCAACCGUAACGGACACCUGAAGUUCCACAUGGAGAGGCUGCAUAGCCUGGACCCGCCCCCACGCAAAGUGCGACCAAGCUCAUCUCAGCAGGCCAUCAUGGUGAACAGUGACGAGGAGGCGCUGGCCACACUGCAGACAGCUCUGCAGGCCGGGCAAACGGUCCUCACCCCCGAGCGGCUUCAGCAGGCCCUGGCCCAAGAGCAUAUCAUUGUAGCCCAAGAACAGAGCCUCUCGGACCAGGAGGAAGCUACGUACAUCCAGCAGAUCACCACGGUGGAUGGGCAGACUGUACAGCACCUGGUCACGGCUGAGAACCAGGUCACUGAGGUUCAAUACAUAAUCUCCCAAGAUGGAGUCCAGCAUCUAAUCCCACAAGAAUAUGUGGUCGUUUCUGAAGGCAACCACAUCCAGAUGCAGGAUGGACAGAUAGCUCACAUCCAGUAUGACCAAGGAGGAACUUUCCUUCAGGAGCAGCAGAUCGCCCUGAGUCAUGACGGUCAUAUCCAGUACGUACCUAUCAGCUCGGAGCAGCAGAUUGUCAGCCAAGAGGAUUUAGAAGCUGCUGCCCACUCUGCUGUGACUGCCGUGGCGGAUGCAGCCAUGGCACAGGCGCAGACGGUGUAUGCAACGGAGGCCACACCGGAGCAGCUGGAGCAGAUGCAGCAGCAGGGCAUCCAGUACGACGUCAUCACAUUCACGGAAGAAUAGUGGCCAGCUAAGAGACCUUCCUCACUUGUGUCGGGAAUCAGUCUAAUAGGUCAUGGGUCAGGUUUAAAAUCUGAGUUUUAAUAAUUCUUAACAGUGUUCAUUUCGAAAUGUUAGCUUGGUGAAACGGUAACAAUAGCAACUUUUCGUUUGUUUCGCUGGAGCAUAGUAUACCACAAAGACUGGAUGCUAAUUCAGCAAGUUCCUUUGGGAUUUUUAUUUAUGGCAUUUUUUUUGUAUAAUAUAUAUAAAGAUUGAAUGUAAAUACUAUAGCCUGUUUGCAGCAAAAGGAUUUAGUAUGGUUUCUGAGGAAUCAUAGUGUAACAGAAUGAUGGUCAGUUGGAACUUGUAAGGGGUUCAGGUUUAUGACUAUUCUUUAAUUUUUGUGAUUACUAUUCGAUUGUUUCACAGUGUUAUGAGAAUCCUGGCAUGUACAGAAACAAUGGACUUGAAUAAACCAGUAUAAUUUUCUUGGCUCUGAGCACACAAUACGUAAGAUCUUGUUUUUUUUUUAUUUCCUUUGUCUUUGGGUUGCAAUGUUGUAAAUUCGAUUCUCUUUCAGAAACUCCAGCAUUGUUGUAAAACACUUCGGACUACUGAUAGGAUACAGGAUGUAAAAUUUUACUUUGUAUAGUAUCGCUAUUUUGUUCUUUUGUGAAUUGCUACAUUGCAGUUGUACAGAGAAAAAUAUGAAUAUAGAAUACUAAAAGCUUA